AAAUCGCCGUAUGGUUGGGAAUCCACAAUACACCCAAUUAACAUUGGGACACAAUUAAGAACUAAUUAGAUGCCGCCCCUAAAAUGACACUAAUUCCAAAGCACAACAGAGCCGUACGUUUCCCAAAGAGGAAAGCGGUCGAAUGCAUUAUCCCGCCUAAUUUUAACGUCACUCUUAAUGAUUGAUAAAUCCCUCAACCCACUCAAAAGAAGCAUUAGACAUUCAUAAAAUAAAAAUUUCACGAUGAUUAGGAAGCAGUUGGUCGUACAAAAUAGAACAGCAGUUGCCAUAGUUUUAGCGACCAUAUUUAUAGCAACAAUGGCACGACCCUCGACCGGCCAGACACGGGCGAUUCAAGUUAUCAACAAGCUGAGCAGCAAGGUGUUGAUAGUGCAUUGUCAAUCCAAAGACGACGAUAUGGGUGCCCACGCCAUCUCUUUCAACGAGAGCAUCAGCUGGCAAUUCGAACUGGACAUCAUUGGUGGGACACUUUUCUGGUGCAACCUCGCGAUCGAAGAUAGGCGACUUUCUUUCGUAGCGUAUGAUGCAGAUAGGCACGGGAAUUUCUACAUUUCUGUGUGGGAUGUCUGUGACGACGGGCUUUUCGGGAGGUACGUGUCUGGUGUAUAUCGACAUUUCAUUUGUCGAUGGAACUCAUCGGGAAAAGACUGUGGGUACCCGUGAUCUCCAAAUGGAAAUUUUUUUUUUUGGCUAAUUGAUGUUGGUGUGGAAUGAGGUGACUAGGUCCACCUUUUUUUUUUGUAUCUGACAAUGUAAUUUAUUUUCAAAAAAUAUAGACAGUUUAAUUUCUUUCAAAUUUACACCACAAGAAAAAUGCGCACCGGCACCAAUUAAGAACAAUAGCAAAAGUAGGAAUGUGGUGGCUAAAGGUUUUUUUUUAUGCGAAAUCAAAAAAUUUCCAUUAAGCACUGGCUAACAUCAGAAACAGUCUCUCAAACUUUUUACAACCUGAGAAUAGAGUUCCUAUUAACUAUCUAUAAGUGUAAUUAGAGGUGGCAAUUUCAAUCCACCAAUCCAAUCCAUCAAUUCAUUAAAAAUAUCCACCUAAUCCAAUCCAUUUAAAUCCAAUCCAUUUUAUCCAAAUUCAAUUGGAUUGGUGGAUUCAUGGAUUGGAUCCAUGGAUCAUUGGCAAAUUACGGUUUAGUACCUAUAAUUUUUAUUUUUUACAUUUUGGUACCUAAAAUUUAAUUUUUUAUACGAAAAAUAUCAUUGAAAAAUUACGUUUUGGUACCUAAAAUUUUUCAUUAUGACAUUUUAGUACCUAAACUUUUUACAUUUUACAUAUUGGUCCUUGGUUGAUGAUGUCAUUUGGAUUCACGGAUAAUCCACCAAUCCACUUGAUCCAAUCCAUGAAUCCACCAAUCCAUUAGAUCCAAUCCAUUUGAUCCAUGGAUCCACCAAUCCAAUCCACCAAUCCACCAAUCUAAUCCAUUUGCCACCUCUAACACUCUGUUUGUUUUGAGGGGUAAAUGGAGGGGGGUGCAAGUUUUUGAGGUAAAUGGGAAUCCCAAAAAAUUUGUACCUAUUUGGAUAAUUAUCAACAGUUGGUAGGGGGUGCAUUAAAGGGGCAAUUGUACUGUUUUACUCAACCCCCCAAUUUGGGGCGGAAGGAAGGGAAGCAAAAAAAAUAUUGGCUUUUAUAUUUUUUUUUCUCCUCCCGACUUUUAUUUUUCUACGGUUCUUCUUUCCUCUUUUACUUUGUUCUGUUCCAUCUCUCUUCUCCCAUUCAUUGCGAAAGACCUACCCAUCCCACCCAAACAAAUCGUAAACCUAGAUUUAGAAGAUAGAAAUUCUGAUUCCGCCCACUCCGACUCGUCGGCUUCAAUCGGCCGGCGGAGUCGUGUCAUCCUCAUCUCCGAUUGCUGUGUUAUACAGGAGUUUGGUCGAUCUACCAUUCUUGUUGCGGUGUUCUGUUUUUCGGAUCAUUGGCCUGCUCGACAAGGGUUCUUCAUUCAAACUUUGCUGGACUUGUCCCUGCUCUUUUUGAAGGUGAAUAAAACCCCAACUUUGUCCAUGAUUGUCACUUCCCCAAUCGCUAUUUCUUCCUCUUUUUUUUUUGGGUCCGAUGAAUGCAUAAGUCCCUCUUUCAUUCCUUCCAAUAUUUGCACUCUAAUGAGUGUCCGUAUAUAAUUUUGUUUAGCUAUAACAUUUCCCUCUAGUAUAAUUAGUAGAUGACAUGAUUAUUUGCCUUCUGUUUAUUUUUGAAGCUUUAUCCAAUGCAUUAGGUUAGCACUAGAUGGGUUAGAUAACGUUUGGGGAUGGAGGGAGAAGAUGAAGGGGGCAGGGGCAACCUUAAUUUCUAUCAGUUUCCAUCUUUUAUCUGCUUUGGUUUCUUUCUCUGGGGAUUAAUUGGGCAAUGGAAAGUCAGGCUUGGGAAAGAGAGGCUUUUAUGAUUGUCAAGUGGGAAGAGAGGGAGAGAGGGUAGAGGGAGAAGUAAAGGCCAAUGGCUGCAACCUCUGGUAUGCGAAAGAAACAGGGGUUUCAAAAUGGAAACAGGGGUUUCAUCUGCAGUACUUAUGAUCUCAUAUUCUUCAACAGUGGGUGGGAGCUUUUGGAAUUGUCUCACUAGCUAGCUGUUAAUUGUUAAUCCUGGGAUAAUACACUAAAUUCGCCAUUUAUUAAAUAUUAUUGCAAAGCUGGACGUGUGAACUAAGGUAAUUAGGUUUAGGUAGAUACGUUUAGCCAGAAUAACUAUGUGGUUAUGUAGAUAUAUAUGGCCUAGUGGAAAGGGUUAACAAUUAAUAAAUAAACAAUUAGUAAUGUGCUUCUCGUAUUCAAUUCUCGUGAUAACGUUUAUAAAAUAUUUUCUUACGGUACACUAAAUAUCUUGAUUAAACUCUUCAUAUCGAAAGAGUUGGUUUCUUGUGUGAAAUACGAUUUGUUAAGUGAGACUCUGUAUCUUUCCUUCUUUAUUAUGUUGAUAAAAUAUGUAUGCUUAUUAUAAGGAGUGUCAUUGCAAAUGUUUUUUGUUGAUUGAUCCAAUUUUAUGUAUAUGUACCCGUACAUAUUUUACCCGUACCAUAGUUAGUAAAUACUCCGCUUAAUAUAUGUAUAUGUACCCGUACAUAUUUUAUCCGUUUAAAAAUUCCGUAUCCAUAUUAUUGUCAAGCCAUUUCGCAUAUUUUCGUUCAUUUGAUGGCUCCCGUACUAAACGCAUAUAAAACCCGUAUAACACGUUUACUAUCCGUAUUUAAUGAAUUAAAUUGUUCAAU